ACAAGCACAACUACAGCAGCCUCAACAGAAACUUCCACAAGUAGCACUUCUUCAACUCCAACAACCACAGAACACCUCACAUCUUUGACAACAGCUUCCACGCAGACUAGCAGUAUCCCAACAAGCACAACUGCAGCAGUCUCUACAGAAACGUCCGCAAGGAGCACUUCUUCAACUCCAUCAACCGCAGAACCCCUCACAUCCUCAACAUCAGCUUCCACAUUGAGAAGCAGUAGCCCAACCAGUAGCACUGUAGCAGCCUCAAGAACAUCUGCAAGUAGCACUUCUGUAUUCCCAAAAAAUACAGACACUGCAAAAGUUGCAACCUCAUCUUCAAGCACUUUGUCAUCCCCGGUGAAAAAUACCAUUAUUGGAUCAGUAGUAAUCAGAAUCCAGUUCUUCUUCUAUUUAAUGAAUGUUGCCAGUGAAAGCACGAUACUUGCUAUCAUGAACCAGUUCCAACAUUCACAAGUCAAAGGUCUGACUCAACCUCAGAUGUCGCGGAAUAUAACUUAUCAAAAAUUGUCUAAUGGAGGCUUUGCCAUCCAGUUUACUUAUGUGAUCAACAAUGUGAACAUGUCAGAAAAUGUUCUGGACAGAAAUGCGACUUAUGGAUUGGUCCAGGACUCCAUCAACAGUCUGUUGAACUCAAUAUUGCAAAAACCAGAUGCUAAUCCUUUUAAAUUUCCACUUGCAAACUACACGAGUCAGAGUAACCAAAUAGUGGCUAAUAUAGACUACGUCUUUAAAGAUGGAGAUAUUAAGAAUCCAAGUGGCUUCCUCCUUGCAAUCUUGGAAUCCACUGGCUCGUUGAGUACCACCACAACUGUACCGCUCACCACUGGGGCAAACAUCACCCACGUGGGAGGUGGCUUUCCUGGCUGGGCUUUGGCCAUUAUCAUCCCAUGUGGAGUCAUCCUCCUGCUCAUCCCCUUCUGGAUUAUUCUUUGUUGUCUGCUGUGUGGCUGCUGUGCAGCUAAGAAGAAGCAGAACUACAACAUUAACUACAGGCUACACAACGCAUAACGAGGUAAGAGUUGUUUCAUAAUAUGAAUGUUAUGUCUGCAUGUGUGAGUGCGCACUGCGGUGAGUGGGCACCUUGUCCUGGGUUGCUCCCUGCCUUAUGCCUAUAGGACAAGUGGGCGCAACAAAUGGAUGGAUAGCUGGAUUGUGUCUUUUCCUUGGGCUCCCUGAAUUUCCCCCACAUGCACUGUUUGAUGAAAUGGUU